AUGGUUGAACGGUUGUGCACCCUGAGUGCCUCGAGCAAGAAGCCUGCCAGGAGGGUUGCAGAAAAUUUGCCAAAGACCAUCUGCAGUUUGCGACCCGACGGAACGAAGACUUGCGAAGCAACGGACCAGUAUAGCGACGACCAGUCAUCUGAGGUGGCAGCAGACCUCUUCUACCUGCAUGGCACGAUGGAGGGCAUCGGGAACCGGGCCUCCAUCGAUCGCUACGACAAGGAGGCCUUCCAGAGCAAAGCGUUCAACACUCGGCACCAGAUGACCAUUGUCACAGCCUUCACUUCUGCCUGUCGAGCUUACGCUCCUCUUUACCGCCAGGCCGCAAUGGGUGGCUCCUGGGACCUCGCCUACCAGGACGUCUUGGCUGCCUUUGAGCAGUUUUUGUCGGAAGUCGGCAGCCAGCGUCCAUUCGUCCUGGCGGGCCACUCGCAAGGAUCCCUGCACAUCAUCCGCCUGGUGAAGGAGCGGAUCCAAGGCGACACAGCGCUCAUGCGCCGGCUCUGCGCUGUCCAUACACCGGGCAUGGGACAGUGGAUGGAGCCUUCGCCCCUGCCUGUCGACCGGGCUCCCCAGGAUCCUCCGACAACCCCAGCGGUGGCCAUCUGGGCAGCAGCCACUCCAGAGGCCGAAGAAGCAGUCAACGGAAAGAGUGGCGUGUAUAUAUAUAUAGAUAUAUAA